AUGACCAGAGACCAUAUUAUGGCAAAUGGGAAAAACUCACCUAAAAAAAUAAUGGUGGUGGCUGAUCCAACUCGUGAAUCAGCAUCCGCCCUUCAAUACGCGCUUUCCCAUGCAGUCACGGAAAACGACACAUUGAUUCUUCUGCAUGUCGGUAACCCUAAUGCAUGGAGGAAUCUCCUUGGUACCUUGAUCAAGAAGCCAUUGCCAAACUCAUCCACGUCCACGUCCGAUGGAGGAGGUGUAAAUAGUAGUCCGUUUGGUACUUUCUUUAAAAAGUCAUUACCAACCAUAACAUCACCACCACCGCUAACGUCUGCGGCCUCCAAUGAGGCCGUGGAAGACGGUGGUAGUGUUAAAGGGUGCAAUGGAAAGGGAUACAUGGAUUUUCUUGGGACAAUGAAACAUGCAUGUGAGGUUGCACAACCUAAGAUAAAAGUUUGUACUGAGACAGUGGAAAUGGAUGGCAAUGCAAAGGAAAAAGCUUCUGUCAUUCUUGCUAAAUCUGCAUCUUUUGGUAUUGAUAUUCUUGUUAUAGGUCAGAGAAGGAGUCUUUCAAACGUAAUACUUCGGCCUAGAAGAAGUGUAUCACUAAGAGGGCUGGGGCUGGAUAUGGCAGAUUAUUUGAUUGACAACAGCAAAUGCACCUGUGUUGCAGUUCAGAAGAAGGGCCAAACAGCAGGAUAUCUGCUCAAUACCAAAACUCAUAGAAAUUUCUGGCUCUUAGCAUAA